UCCGCUGAUGCAGCUCUUUUACGAGUCUGGGAAAUCUUCUCGCGGCGCGUUUAUAUCGAAGUGAAUACAUAUGUAUAUUUAUGUAUAUGUACAAUUUUAUCGACAAAAAUACUUAUGCUAAUUAAAAUUGACACCUGUUGAAUGAAGAUAAUAUAGCAUUCAGAAUAUACAGCUGUAUAGUAGAGUAAUUGAAACUAUUUGAAGCUAUAUUAUCAACCGGUCUAUGCAGUAAUCAACCAAGAGAUGGAGAUCUGCAUUGAUUCCUUAGAGUCCGCUAGAAACGCGGUAAAAGGUGGUGCCAGCCGGUUGGAGGUUUGCGCGGCACUAUCGGAGGGUGGUUUAACACCUAGUCCGGGUUUAAUUCGACAAAUAAGAAACUUCACGACGAUUCCGCUCUACGCGAUGAUCCGCAUUCGCUGCGGCGAUUUCGUGUACAGUCCAGAGGAGAUCAACGUCAUGCUGCACGAUUUGAAAAUCCUCAAGGAUCACUACGCGAACGGAUUCGUUUUCGGCGCGUUGACCCCCGAUUGCGAGAUCGACGUUGUCGCAUGCGAGAAGAUUGUCUCCGCCGCUCGUCCCUUGCCGGUGACAUUCAGUCGCGCCUUCGACCUGACGACUGAUCCCGUCAAGUCGAUGGAAGUCCUUGCCGAUCUUGGUUUCCAGAGAAUUCUGACAUCUGGACAGAAGAAUACUGCUCUGGAAGGACUGGAGUUGAUAAAAACAUUAUUGCUAAAGGCCCGAAAACUGGUGAUUAUGCCCGGAGCUGGUAUCACAAAGGAUAACAUCCGUGAAAUUAUGAAGUCCGGUGCGAAGGAAUUCCACGCAUCAGCGAAGAAAAGGAAAAUAGUGGUCCAUGGUGCGAAUAGAGUCAGAAUGGGCGUCAACGAAGACGACUUUGUCAACGUAACUGAUAAGGAGCUGGUAGAAGAAUUAGUUGAGAUCAUCAAGAAAGAGUCUGUCACCUCUAACGGUGCGAGAAUUGUAUUUGCAACUGAUGAUUAUUUCGGUGUGGCCGAAAAUUUACUUAAGGAAGAAGAACCUGUACAACAGGACGGAUGGAUCUGGCAGUAUUUGAUUACGAAAACAAACCUGGAACCCGGUUAUCCGUCGAUUAGUAAAAAAUUCUUUGUCAGAUAUAAUAUAAAUCACCGAGGUGUUACUCAUGUGCGGCUCAACAUAUUCCCAAGCGGUGGUAUCGCCAGACUGCGCAUUUAUGGGAAGAUAGUGCAGCAUGUUUAUCAGCAAUCAAGGUUUGCGGAAUUUGAUCUGAUCUCCAGAAUUCAUGAUGGUCGCUGUGUAUCCUACAGUAGCAAACACUCCGGGCACCCUAAUAAUUUGCUGAAACCUGGAAACCCCAUAAACGCAGAUGACGGAUGGGAAACUGUAAAAACUAUGCCAAAUAUGCCACUCAUGGCACAAAAAUCCAUAGUGGAAAUGGCUAGAAAUAAUGUGAAUUUUUUCUGGGAAUUAUUCUAUAUAUUACGUCAUAUUGAGAACGAGAUGGAAAUAAAUAAAAAUGUACAGGAACUCGGUACUAUGGAAGAUCAGGAAGUGUAUGAAUUGUCAUCCAGAGAGAACGGUGCGAGAAUUGUAUUUGCAACCGAUGAUUAUUUUGGUGUGGCCGAAAAUUUACUUAAGGAGGAAGAACCUGUGCAACAGGAGGGCUUUACGAAUUUUGGUAACCGAAUUAUGGACGGAUGGGUAACCAAAAGUAGACACGAAAAAAAACUUGAUUUUGCGAUUAUUGAGUUUGCAGCCGACGUUAAAAUAGAUUUUAUUUGCAUAGACACGGCUUUCUUUACAAACAAUUUUCCGAACCAGUUUUCCAUACAAAGCGCUAGGAGAGCUAUACCUGUUCAUAUUCAAAACCGGACUGGUAGAUUAGGCCAAAGCGCUACCUUGUCUGAGAUGAAACGUAUCAAUCAAAUUCAUUCAGAGGCCUGGCCAGAUUUGCUCACGACGACAAGUCUAGAACCCGGUUAUCCGUCAGUCAGUAAAAAAUUCUUUGUCAAAUGUAAUACGAAUUGGCCAAGUGUUACUCAUUUGCGGCUCAACAUCUUCCCCAACGGUGGUGUCGCCAGAUUACGCGUUUAUGGAAAGACAGUGCAUGGACUUUACCAGCAACCAUCAGACUUUGUGCGAUUCGAUCUGAUCUCCAGAAUUUAUAAUGGUCGUUGUGUAUCCUACAGUAGCAAACACUCCGGGCAUCCCAAUAACUUACUGAAACCUGGAAGCCCCAUAAACUCGGAUGAUGGAUGGGAAACUGCGAAAAAUAUGCCAAAUAUGAAAAAUAUACCACUCGUGGCACAACAAUCUGAACAAUCCGUAGUGGGAGAGGCUAGGGAUGAUGUGGAAUGGGCUAUAUUUAUGUUGGGGCAUAUUGGUAAAGUCCAUUACGUUAUAAUCGAUACCACAUACGUUAAAGGAAAUGCUCCAAGCUUUGUACAUGUGGAGGGAUUAUCAUUUCCUGCAAUGACUUGGCUGACUCUUAUACCAGAAACCAAGGUAAUAGAGGGCACUGAGCAAAUUAUUCUUACGUUAGAAAAUACAGAUACGUUUAUGACUGAAGUAAAACUAACAAUUAAGCCGAGCUCCAGUAUAAACAGAUUUCGAGCUUUUGGAACAUGUCUAUUUCAUGAGACUGGACAAUCUUGUGCAAAUUGAUGGUGCUUUUCAGACAAUCGCGUUCACCAAGACGAGAAGAUACUUGUUAUUAUUGAUACUUCAAUGAUCAACCUCUUUCAUUUCUUGAGCGAGAUAAACUUUGAAAAAAAAAAAAUUAUUCUUUGUUCAUUUGCUAUGACGAUUAGCGUUUUACUGAUAUUACAUGUGUUAAAAAAGUUUACGAAAGUAUCACUCGCCACAGGCUUAUUAAACUCGAUUUCGCGGGCAUUUCGCCGCGCGGAGAUUUCGACGAUGGAUAACGAAGAAAGCUGAUGCCCAUCACUAUCAUAAAUGUGAAUCGUGACAAUGAUGUGAAACGUUAUAAGGCUCAUUUACACUUAAACAACUCAAUCGUGCCUGAACAUUGUAUAAUGUAACAAUUAUAAACGAUAUCAAUUGCGUUACGUCGCAUCUGAUUGAAUAAUUUCAUAAAUAAUCAAUUUUGCAUCUUCCCCGAA